AUGAGAGCGAGGCAGCUGGUCUGUGGAAUUUGGAGUCUGUGUUUCAUGUUCUGUCUGUUCUGCAUCUUUCUUCACCAAACAACAGCCAAAAGAAAACUGAAGUUUGUGUCCCUAGUAUUUCGCCAUGGUGAUCAUACCCCACAGGAGUUUUUUCCAACUGAUAAGCACAAAGAAAUUGCAAGACAACAGGGAUAUGGUCAACUUACUCAGCUUGGCAUACAACAACAGUAUGAGCUUGGCCAGUACAUGCGGAGGAGAUACUCUCAUUUCCUGAGCGUUGUAUACAAGCAGUGUGAGAUUUAUGUUCAAAGCACCGACUAUGAUCACACACUUAUGAGUGCUCAGGCAAGUCUUUCCGGACUGUACCCACCAACACAGAGUCAGAUUUGGAACCCCAGAAUCCUUUGGCAGCCAAUUCCAGUUCAUACAGUGCCACUGACACAUGAUAAUUUGCUAUACCUACCUUUCUCACACUGCCCAAAACACAAGGAGCUUCUGAGAGAAACCUUUGCAACCAGGGAUUUCCAAAGGCAAUUCAAACACUACAAGCAAUUUCUGAAGUUUUUAGCCACUCAUACAGGAUACCCAUUGAAGAAGUUGACUACUGAAAGGAUUUGGAAGCUCUCUGAAACUUUACAAUAUGAGGAAAGCAACAAUUACACUUUACCUGUAUGGGCUACUCAUGGUGUCAGGACCAAGCUGAUAAAACUGUCAGAAUUGUUAUUGCAGGCGGAAUUUGGGUUCCACAAACAAAUACAAAAAUCACGUUUGCAGGGAGGUAUUCUUUUAAAAACUAUUCUAAAGCAUAUCUUAGAUGCUAGAAAGCCUUCAUACCAUCAAAAAAUGGUUAUGUAUUCCACGCAUGCAGCCACCAUUGCUGCAUUACAGAUGGCACUUAAUGUCUUCAAUGGAAAAUGGCCUCCUCACAGUGCCUGCCAUUUUUUUGAACUUUACCAGGAAAAAAAUGGGCAAUACACCAUUGAGAUGUACUACCGGAAUAAUUCUUUGAGGGAACCUCACCCCCUCACUCUUCCUGGCUGCAAAUUUCGCUGUCCCCUGGAGAGAUUUACUCAUCUGGUCUCUCCCAUCCUCGUACACUAUUGGACAAGAGAAUGCAGAAUGUAGGACAUCAAAAGGGGUGUUCCCUCCACUGUCUUCAGCAUGGUUUACUUUAUGAAAGAGCUCUUCCCACACUGUGAUAUGACUGUGGUCCAACAUUUCUCUUUAAAUUCCAUCAGCAUGACCAACUAAAUCUCCUGAUCUCUAUCCAAAGAAAACAUUCCUUAAUACUACAAAAAAAAAAAUUAUAGAAAGCAGGGACUUAUUCUUCAUGAAUAUUUGCUUUACUUUAUCACCUGGUAAAACCCGUGUAAUAUGAAACUAGUGGAAUUUUUCAACACCUAUUCUUUACAAAGGAACUUUGUCAGAACUAAUUCAACUAUGUAAUUAUAGAGUGUUUUGAAGGACUAUAGCCUUGAUUUACAGCAAAAUUGGAAAACACCUCUGAAGGAGUGCUGCCUUCUUUUGAAGAAUGAGACAAGAACUUCCAGAACUGGUGAUGGAAGCAAUGCUUCAAAUGGAGACC